AUGUCGACAACCCGCUUGCCCAACGUCCCUGCGCUUCGGAAACAGCAGCUUCUCCUAGAAUUCGCAAGCUUGCAACAUGCCGCUCCUCCGGGAACUUAUAUGAGCCUCAGCCCGGGCGAUCCAACGCUUUGGUUGGGAGUCAUCUUUGUUCGCUCUGGCCCCUAUGCCUCCGCCGUCCUCCGCUUCCAGAUCCGCUUCCCCACGUCCUAUCCCGACAUGCCUCCUCUAGUGAACUUCGCCACUGACGUCUUCCAUCCCUUGAUCGUGCCCCUCACCACAUACACAUUCAGCACCGGUGCCUCGAGCGAAGAUCCUGUCAGCGCAACAGAUGAAGAGCGGCUACCCCCUGGCGGGUUCAGUCUGCGGCACGGAUUCCCGCACUGGUUCGGCAGGGCGAAGCGAGCUGGAUUACAAUCUGCCACUCCACCCAGAGAGACCGCUAGUGUGCGUAAUUCAAGUGCUACUAGCGAAGGGGUAUCCAAUACCCUUUGCAGGGAAAGCGUGUCUGGGGAUAACGACACCGCCGCUGAACCAACAGAGGAUCAGCCAAAAGAAGAGGACGAGAAUGUGAACGAGGAUGAAGGCGAGGCCGUCGCCCCGUCGCCGGCGGAGAAAUCGGUUGAGCCUAGAAAGACUGUGCCUGUAUCAGAGCUGCUGGAUUACAUUCGGUCUACGUUCGAUGAUGAGACGGUCCUCGAUUCUUUACCGCUGGAAGCGGCCGGAAACCCGAGUGCGUGGCAUGCGUGGAAGGCUCAUCGGAAGGGAAGUACUGCUUCUGCAUCGAAGAAGGGGAGCCCGCAGGCGAGGUCCCCGGGAGACUGGCAUUGGGAUGGGAUCUGGGCCAGACGGGUGCAGAACGAGAUUGAGGCUAGUAGUUCGGAUGCGAUGUUGUAUGGGAAUGCGACGCGGGGAGGAGUCGAGGAGAUGAUUCGAUUCAGUCGCCUCGACGAAACCACCCUGACGUCGGUCAAAGAGAUGAUGAUUCCGCGCACGGAGGAGGUGCGCGAGUAA